CGCGACCUACGUCAUCGUAAAGCGUCCGGGUGGUUUAGCGAGGACUGAAGGGAGGCCAUUGCUUUUCGGUGCUCUACCCUGUGGAGCUCUUCACGCGUAGAACUAGGCUCACACUGUCGUGACAGCGGAGACCGAAAGAAAGGGACAGACGAGCCCAAACAAUCCCUGACGGAACGCAGCUGCCGUCCUCCGGGUCACGUGUCUCCAGUGGCCCGCCUCCCACAGGCUGCUUUGUUGCUAGGCACCAGCGUUAGCGUCCGUAUCUGCGAGGACCUAAAAAAGGUCCUUGGGUGCAGAUGGACCAGUACUGCAUCCUGGGCCGUAUAGGGGAGGGUGCCCACGGCAUCGUAUUCAAGGCUAAGCAUGUGGAGACUGGCGAGAUAGUUGCCCUCAAGAAGGUGGCGCUGCGGCGACUGGAGGAUGGUAUCCCCAAUCAGGCCCUGCGGGAGAUCAAGGCUCUGCAGGAGAUUGAGGACAAUCAAUAUGUGGUGCAGCUGAAGGCUGUGUUCCCACAUGGCAUGGGCUUUGUACUGGCCUUCGAGUUCAUGCUGUCAGACCUGGCUGAGGUGGUGCGUCAUGCCCAGAGGCCACUGGCCCCAGCCCAGGUCAAGAGCUACCUGCAGAUGCUGCUCAAGGGCGUGGCCUUCUGCCAUGCCAACAACAUUGUGCACCGGGACCUGAAGCCUGCCAACCUGCUCAUCAGCGCAUCAGGCCAGCUCAAGAUAGCUGACUUCGGCCUGGCCCGGAUCUUUUCUCCAGAUGGCAGCCGCCUCUACACACACCAGGUGGCUACCAGGUGGUACCGUGCCCCAGAGCUACUGUAUGGUGCCCGCCAGUAUGACCAAGGCGUCGAUCUAUGGGCUGUGGGCUGCAUCAUGGGGGAGCUGUUGAAUGGCUCCCCUCUCUUCCCUGGCGAGAACGACAUUGAACAGCUUUGCUGUGUGCUACGCAUCUUGGGCACCCCCAAUCCCCAAGUCUGGCCGGAGAUCACAGAGCUGCCGGACUACAACAAGAUCUCCUUUAAGGAGCAAGCACCAGUGCCCCUAGAGGAGGUGCUGCCCGAUGCCUCUCCUCUUGCUUUGGACUUGCUGGGUCACUUUCUCCUCUACCCUCCUCGCCAGCGCAUCGCAGCAUCCCAGGCCCUCCUGCAUCAGUACUUCUUCACUGCUCCCUUGCCUGCCCACCCAUCAGAGCUGCCGGUUCCCCAGCGCCCAGGUGGACUGGUCCCCAAAGCACACCCGGGACCCCCGCACACCCAUGACUUCCGUGUGGACCGGCCUCUGGCGGAGUCACUGUUGAACCCAGAACUGAUUCGGCCCUUCAUCCCAGAGGGGUGAGGCGCUGGCCCUCAUCCUGCCUGCCCCCAGGUGCACCUGGCACCUUGUUCUGCUUCCUGCCUGACUCAACCCUCCAGAGCUUGUCCAGGGCCACACCCCCUCCUCGAGGCUGGUCUCAAGAAGGCAGGGAGCACACCCCAGCCAAGCCAGUGUGGAUGGCCAGCCCAGUGGAGGAGACCAUGACCCAUGAGCUGUUGGAAGCAGGGAGCUGUGCUGCCAACCAGAGACCAUCAUGAAGUGCUGCCUCCUGCCCUUUGUCAAGGCACUGUCUUCUGCUCCAGGACAUGUGUGUCAGAACCAUCUAGGGGAAGUGUGGAGGGGAAGAUGUCUUCAUGUUGGAAACUCUGGGAAGCAAGUUUGGUUUAAUUUGUUCUCAGACCGUCUUCUGGUUCCCUAUCUGGGGCUGGGGAUUUGGCUCAGUGGUUCCACUGCCUGCCUUGCAAGCACAAGGUCCUGAGUUUGAUCUCCAGUACCGCCCCCCGCCACAAAAAAGCCUCAAGCAUCUCUGUGUGUCUGUUCUGUUCCUAAAAGGGCAAUGGGGAGGUGGCAUUGUCUCAUGGCCCUCACUGGUGGUCACAGCCACUUUUGCCCUGAGGGUUUCCUGUGUCCUUUGCUUGACUAAGUGCUCAUUUGGAAGGGAGGUGGGCAGGGAUGGGCAAGCUGGGGAUUCAGCAACAGAGCAGUUAGCAGCAUCCACUCUACAGAUGAAGGCGAGCCAAAAGCAGCCACGCAAAUAAGGAAACUGGACUAGGUGGAACUCGCUUACCUCAGUAUAACCCCAUCUGACACAUUUAUUCCUAUUUCAUAACAGAUAAGGCAAUGCUAAAAAAAUACUUGGAAAUGCAGGAGGGCCAAGAGGAGGCAGCAGAAGAGGAAGAGCUUUGCUUGACUACUUUCAGAGAUGAAGAUGGCUUGGAGAUGGAAUUAGUAGCCCAUAAACCAGGAAAUCCAAAUGGUCUCUAGGAGCUGAGAAUGGUUUUCUACUGACAGCCAGCAAGGAGAUGGAAAUCUUUUUUUUUUUUUUUUUCA